UAAACCUGUUUCUUUUGUAAACUGCCCAGUCUCGGGUAUGUCUUUAUCAGCAGUGUGAAAACAGACUAAUACAACGACUUACAGAUUAUGAAGAAAUAAUGUUUUGUACAAGGUGUAUACUUUUGGAUUUUGGGUGUUCUGAUUAGACCCCAUUGAUUUCUUGGGAACACUGCCCCUACUAAUCUGAAUGCUUCUGCAAGCAAUAGACUAUACUUAAUUGUCUUUUGUCUCCCAUCAGUUGAGAGCCACAUGUUUAAAUGAAAUGAAAAACUGUUUCAUUUCAAAUUCAAAAACAGUGUAUUUUGCUAAAAGCCAUGCCUAAGGAAGAAAAGUAGGGUAUUUAUUUCUGUAUAUAGAAGGAAUAUUUUAAUCUCCUGAUUUAUGGUUCCUCGGCCACAGUCUUUGUUUGUUCUUUCAUUUAGCCUUCAACUUUAUGAAGAGAAGAGGUCAUUUUCUCUUGAAAUUUAGUUUUCCAUUUUCUUUAUAAUCAGAUGGUAACUAUUUCAGAUGCACUCUCAGCAGGAAAACAUUGAACAUUUUUAAAUAAAUACAUUUACUGCAACUAAACCAGCCAUAGCAUGUCUGCUCAUUAAGGUUUGAAUUUUGUUAAAUGUUUGCUAAAAACAUAUCCUUAUGUCCUAGAAAAACAAUUCACUAUUCCAUUGCAGAUAUAUACAUCGAGGAAACUGAGGCCCCAAAUGAUCAUAGGAUCUGCCUCAUGUCACCCAGUUUAUUAAUGGCAGAGAUAGUUCUUGAACUAUUUAUCCUUGACUCCCACCCUUGUACUCUUUCCAGCCUGCUGUGCCACCUCCCUCUCCAAGUAAAAAUCUAUUAUCCAGUGAGACUCAAUCAAUGAUUACUACAUUCUUGUUAUUCAGAGUGUGGUCUGGGAACUAGCAUCAUGGACAAACCCUGGCAGCAUGUUAAAAUGCCGAAUCUUAGACUCCACCCCAGACCCAUGGAAUCAAAAUCUGCAUUUUUAACUCAAUUCCCAGAAGAUGUGCAGAUUGAAUUGUAUGAUAAACCUAAGAACCUAAGUUCUCAGGUGAAACUUUUUAAUUGAAUAAUAUAUUUCAUUAGGUUUUAUAGGAUUGUAAAACAUGUGCAUAUUUUUAUUUUAACUGUUAAAGCUGUUAAUUAUUCUUUAAUUUAGCUUGUUAAAUGACAGAAGUUUAGCACCAUCCAUUUAUUUAAGUGCAAAAGUAAGAGUGAUCUCUAACAUUAGGCUGGCUAUUAGAGAAAGUAAGACCUUUGGGGGCUGACAUUCAAGGCCUUUCGUAGUUUGGCGUAUAAUAGGGGGCUGUGAUGGUAUAAACAGAUUGCUAAAUGUGAAAUGGACAGUUGUUAAACUGGACUAUCCCUUUUCACUGAGAAAUACACAAUGCAUUACAAACUCAAUCUUAAAACAUUCUUGCAAACAUAAGUUGAAGGCAGGACAUUUUCUUGUCCUCUUCCUUAUAAGUGAAUAGCAGUGGUAGGAAAUGGUCUGCCAUCACAAACUUAAACUAUUUAAUUCCUGCUUUGGAAUGGAGGAGCACAGGUUUUGCCUUUGCACACUUCAUUUUGAUUCAUCUCUUAUUUUCCCCUCCUCUCCAUCUGUAUAGUCUGUGCCUUGUCCUCUUGUGUCUCACUGUUCCAGAAAUGUAUUAAACAGUCGUAUUCUUCCAAAUCAUUUUCUGUGAUGCCAACAGAAAUGCCUUUAAAAAACAAAACAAAACAAAAUCUGAUAAUCUGAGCUUAAAACUUCCAAUGUCUUCUAUUCUUAUAAGAUUAAGUAGAAACUUCUUAAUAGACCUACAUCUUAAUGUCCACCAUGAUUUGGCUCUGACCCAAUUUACUAAUGCAAUGUGUUAUCCUUGCUUGUGCUCUGGAUAAGAAAAAGAACAUUCCUGGUCUAUAAAAGGCAUUAUGGGAAAAAUGGGAGAAAUUUGAAUUUAUUCUGUAACUUUGAUCUGUGUAUCACAAGAAGUAUUGCAUCAAUGUCAAGUAAUUUUACUAGUUUUAUUAAUUGUAAUGUUUAUGUAAAAGAACAUCCUUCAUUUUAGAAAAUUACACUCAAGCGUUUAGAGUGUAAUUCUGUUUGCAGCUUUCUCUUUAGAAAGUAUUAUACAUAUAUAUAUGUAUUUAUGUACCCAUGUAUACAUAGUCUGUGGAGAGAAGGAGUCAUAUGAGAGGGAAAGAGAGAAAGUAUGCAUGGGAAUGCUGAACACAUGCAGUAACAUGUUAACAUUCAGAAAUUUAAGACUUUUAGGAUUUCUUUGUGCUAUUACUACAACUAUUCUGAGUCUAAAAUUUCAAAAUAAAAAGUGGAAAAAAAAUAAAUUUUUAUCAGCUUGUCAUGUGGAUCAUCCUGCUGCCAUUACAUUUCUGUUAUAAGAUAGUAAUCCACAAAAUAGCUUAUUGACUUAUUUUUUAAUGGAAUGAAUCUUAUGAAACAAUAGGCUUACUAUGAUUCAAGUUAUAUAUGUUAUAUACACCUAUCUAUUUUAGUAUAGAAAAUAGACUAAACGGUAAAUAUACAAAUGUUAAGGAUAGUUGUCCUUUGGCAGUGGGAUGAUGGAUGAUUUUAACUUAUAUUUUCUUUUGCUUAUCUGUUUUUUCAUAAUUUAUUCAAAUGACUUUUUAAAAAUUAGAAAAUAAAAUUAUUCAUGCAAAUUAUUUGUUAAACUUUAUUUCAUUUUGUUUUGAAAUUAAAAUUACAAGUAAUGUAUUUGCAUCUCACUUUGCAAAAUAUUAGUGUCUAUUUUAACAUUGCUUAAUCAGCAAUUAAUCUUAGUUGUUGACAGAGAAAAACAAUUGAAAAAAAUAUUGCUUUUUCCUCAACCAUUAAUCAAUAGUUGUCAUCUACUUUAACACUUGAAUUUUUACUGUAGCUGCUAGAAAUGGACACACUGAGUGGUUUGGAUAAAUAUAUAUACCUUUGUCAUGAACCCACUGGCAAAAGUAUUAUUAAGUGCCAAAGAGAACAGAAGUCAGGUACAGAGAAAACCUAAAGAGAUAAACACCCUAUAUGUUAUUUCUAUUUAAGGGACAAAAGUAGUUAUACGUUUGUUCAGUGACUAAUUCGUUGCCUAAAUAAUUGCAUUUUGGCCACACCAGGACACUCAUUGCUUAUCAAAAGGUAUUUGCUAAUUAGUAGUUUUCACCUAAAAACAAUGAAGAACAGAAAAUUGAAAAAGGAAAGCUAAACUCUUUCUUAGGGUUUGACUUUGUCCUCUUCCAUCAUCAGUCUUGGGAGAAAGACUCUGUACUUUUGGAAAUUAACAAUACUUUUUUUCUUAUUUUUUUCCCUACUUAAAAACCACAAAUACUGAAUCUAAAUUAGAAACUUUGUAAUUCCAGUGCAAAAGGUAACUCAUUUAUGUUUUUCUCAAGCAACACACACACACACACGCAGAUGUACAUGGACACUCACAUGUACAUAUUUAUUUUACUAAAAUGGGAUUCAUAUUAUUUUGAAACACAUCCUUUAAAAUUGAUAUAUUGUAAAUACCAUUCCCUCUAAGUGUUGUUCCACUACAAUUUUACCAUAAACAGCUGAAGUUAAUUUACAUUUAUUUGAUAUUUAUAGCUUUCCAGUUUUUUUCUUACUCCCCUAAUAAAGACAACACUUUGAUAACUAUCCCUCUAGCUAAAUAUUUGUGUACAUUCUUAAAUGUUUUCUUAUGAUAAACUCCUAGAAAUAUGAUGAACAUAUGAUUAAAGACUGCAUUUAAAAAUAUUUGUGAUAUAUGUUUCUUUUUUCAGAGUGUGAAUAACGUAUACUCAAACUCUGAGAAACACAUGUAUGCGGCAUAACGCUGGGUAUUAUCUAUAAUCCAUGUCAACUUGAUAGCUUAAAAAUCCUAUCUUGUUUUAAGACACAUUUUCUUGAUUACUAGAAAGAUUAAUCUUUUAAAUAUACUUGUCAGCUAUUUAUAUUUUUUCUUAUGUAAUUUAUCUUUUAUUUUAUAACUAAUGCUAAAAUAUGAAAAUGUUAGAGAUGAAAAAAUUCUUGUUUUAUAUUUUUAAAACCAGAGAACUUAUUUUCAGAUAAAGUCUUAGAAGAAAACCUUAUAUGGAAUAGAUAACGUGUACCUGAACAGGUUGAAGUAGGAAAGCAAGACUUAGCUAAAGAGGUUUGAGCAGGGUAGUGGACAUUUUCAGAAUUAAUGGAAUAGAGAAAAAAAUGAGAGGAAAAAAAAAGCAAAAAGAAAAAACAAAUGAACAAAAAAAACAAGCCCCAAACAGGUGAAAAACAAAUAUAAUUAUGUGUUAAAGAAAACAUUAUUCUAAUGCUUAUUAAAGACAGUAAGAAAGACUUUGUUAAAGCCUUGUGGGAGGAUGACUAUCAAGAUAAGUGUAAGGACCACUGAGAUUAGGUCUUGCAUUGGGAAGAGAGAUUGAGCUUGACACCGAAUGUAAAAAGGAAAAGUAGGAAUUUAUAGCCAAGGAGCAGAGUGAGGGUCGCUGGAUGAAAAAUUGCUAAGAGGAAACAUCAAGGAUCGAGGUGGUAUUCCGGCUAAAUGUACUUAGUAGGACCCUUGCUGAAGGCAAGCCAGUGUGAUAAGACAUCCAGUAUGGGAAGUGAGGGAUUUGAUUAGAUAUCGAAGGUGGAGGACUUUCACUUAACUGACUUAGCCAGAUUUGUGCUAAAAUUGGACCAUGCAGAGAUGAUGUCAGAAGUCUAAAGGUCAGGACUUGUUGGAAAAUUGCUCAUAGGAACCUGAGUAGAGUUUGGCCAAGGAAAGAAUCUUUGUCACAUACAAGUGAGGAGAGAAAAAGACCUCAGUAUUUAUCACAGGCCAGGUCAAUUGCAAGAAUACCUUUUUACUGCUUUUUUCCUCACCCUCUUUCAAAUUCUUUAGGGAAUUCUUAAACCUUGGAGAAUGUUUCCAAUUUAAUUCAGUCUAAUGUUUAGAAAAAAAAUAAGAAAACCAGAAUUAUGAUAACUUAAUUUUUGAUUUCUCCUAUAAUGCCAGAGCUGCAGGAGUAUAAGGGAACACUGCCUACUUCAGUGUUGAAUGGACAAGUAAAUCACCUGUAGGUCUGGGAGGAGGGCCUGGGUUCUGCAUUUCUAUUAAUCUCCUAAGUGAUACCCUUGUCACUGCUCUAGGGAAGACAAUAAGGGGCAAAAUCAGCUGAACCCUCUUAUUUUAUAGACAAAUUACUUGAGAGAUGUGGGGACAUCUACAUCUACCUGUAUGGCAAAGUACAUGACCAUAAACCUUUACACACACACACACACACACACACACACCCCUACCUACCUGGGAAUCUGGAUGAAAUGUAAUAGAGCUUGAAUUAAAGUAAGAGUAAUCUCCAGGAACACCAAGGAAAGUGCACUGAAAACUAUUGACCUGAUUUUCCAAAUGAGUCUUAGAGAGGGGAAGGUGACUUGCUCAAAAUUAUAUCUUUGUAAGCCCAGUGUGAGCACUUGCACCAUUAUUCAAUAGAACCUGAGGAAAAUAUUGACACAUAACAAUGGAAGAAUUCCUGCAUUACCACAUAGUAAAACUUACUGUAAUGCUACUAUGAUGAAAACAACAGUAACAACUGGAGAGAGGGGGCAGUGGAGAUCAGACGUGGUGAGUUUGAGAGAACUGUUAGACCUCCAAGUGGAGAUUUGAUGUGGACAAAUAGACACAUUCCUCUGAAGUUUAGGAAAGAGGUUUCAUAUGGAGAUUUGGAAGCAUCAGUGUAGAUAUGGCAUUGAAACCCACAGAACUGGAUCAGAUCACUAGAGACUGAUUGUCUCUUGUGAAAAUAAGAGGUCUAAGGAUGAAUCCUGGGACACUCUACAGUUCAGAGCUUGGGAAUAUGAAGUGGAACCAGAAUCAAGACUGAGAAUGAGUGACCCAUUGUAAAGGAAGAAAACCAGGAGAAGGCAGUGUCCUGGCAGCCAUAGGAAUAGGAGAGAAGGCAGAGAAUCUGAACAUAGUUGUUGGUAGGAGGGUUGUUGUGAAAGUUCCCUCAUGAUUACCUAACUUAUUGAUGAAAAGGAAAAUUAUUAACUAAGAGCGAUGGUGGAGAAAGAUAAGGUGGAAAAUGGCUACUGACGCAUUGAUUUAAAAAGACAAAGUGAAACGAACAUGGAAACACUUCAAUAUGUGUGUGUGUUUAUGAUAUAAUUUAUGUUAAAAACAUAAUAUCCUAUAUAUUAGUUAUAUGUGAUAUUUUAUAUAUAAUAUAUAUAUCAUAGAAAAGAAUAUAACAAAUACAUAUCAGAUUUCCCCAGAGAAAGUGGAGAAGGGAGAAACCUAGUUUUACUUUAUAAACACCUAUAUUUCCUUUUGAAUUGUUAUAGCAAACAAACUUUACUUUUGAGUAAAGGUAAGAAAAAGUAGUUGGUCUUGCGGACCUUUGUUAAGGAAGUAACAAAUCUGACACAAAGGUAACAAUAACCUUUGUGAGACUGACUGCAAGAUGGCUCAGGAUUCCCAGGUCCUUGGAAGACAUUUGGGUCUUACUCAAUGAAGGCCCUUUGUACUGUGAGGGAUGGUCUGUGUUAUCUUAGUCAGCUCGUGCUGCUAUAACCGUGGACUGGGUAGCUUAUAACAACAGAAAUUGAUUUCUUACAGUUCUGGAGGCUAGAAGGCCAGGAUCAAGGUGCCAGCAUUGUUGAGUUCUUGCGAGGGCCCUCCUCCCGUUUGUAGACUGUUGACUUCUCAUGGUAGGCUCACAUGGCAGAAAGAGGGUGAGAGGGUCCCUUUUGUAAGGGCACUAAUCCUACUUAAGAGGGCUCCGCUCUCAUGACCUAAUUAUUCUUAAAGGCCCCUCCUCUAAAUAUAUCAUGUUGGAACUAGGAUUUUAACAUAUGAAUUUUGAGGGACACAAACAUUCAGCCCUCUGUGUAUGCCUUGCAGAGCCAUUUCUUCUUUGGAUGUCUCACUGUGGGGAUAAUAGGGUUUUUGGGUAACUGUAAGAUUUUGUUGUUAUUGUUUGUUUUUGUAGUAAAAACCUCUGACAUCAGGUACCUGAUACUGAGAUAGAUAUUCAGACAUACGGUGUUUUUUCACAUAAAGUCAACAUUUCCCAAGAAGCUGGCCAAGUUCACCUAGAAGCCUUCUGUUUCACUAUAAUUAAUUUCUCAAGCCUAAGAGUUGCUAUAUACAGGGCUUUUUUGCCUAUCCUAGAGAAGUACUAGGACAAGUUUCUAGAGAUCUCAGAAUUGAGGGUCUCUGAAUAUGGCCAGAUUACAAUCUAUAAUUGCAGGUUUAGGGCUAAUUCUUGAUAGCAUUAACCUCACCCAGAGUUGAUCUGUGAAUCCUUGUGCCAACCUUUAGAUCUUCACAGUCAUGUAUAAACUCAAUAGGAAUACUGGCUAAUGACUGCUGGCUUUUGUGCUAAGCUGAGGCCAUGUGACAGCCCCUACUUACUCCAGAAAAGCUAAAGAAAUCUUUGGGAUCUCUAUCUUGGAUUCCAGUGCUUCCAGUGGCAGUUAGGGCUAUGGUCUUCCUGGGAUUUUUUUCCCAUGAGAAGAUAAGGUAAAAGAUUUCUGGGGGCAAUCAGGGCACAACCAAUCAGCUCUAGGGGGCAGCCUGGACACCGUCACUGACCUGGAAGUAGCUCAGGUGCUGAUUCUGCCUUCAGGGUGCACACACCCUUAUGUGAUGAAGGAGGAAACUCAUGGGGUUUCUGGACAACCUGGCCUUCAGAGAAGGACCUAGGGUUAAUCACUGGGUGUUCCUACACCUACUGUGAGCUUCAGAAACAAUUCUGGGCUCCAUCAGAAUUCACAAAUGAUUGAGAAUUUUGUAACUUUGGAGCAUUUCAGAGAUGGCCUGAUGUACUGCUAAGUAGCUGAACAGAUUUUGGGGACAUUGGGGAUACCAUACCUAACUCUAUAGCCCGAAGUCUUUUUCUUUUUUUAGACAGAGUCUGGCUCUCUUACCCUGGCUGGAGUGCAGUGUCACAAUCUCAGCUCACUGCAACCUCCACCUCCUGGUUCCCAGUUCAAGUGAUUCUCCUGCCUCAGCCUCCCGAGUAGCUGGGAUUACAGACACCUGCCACCACACCAGCUAUUUUUUUUUUUUUUUUUGUAUUUUUAGUAGGGACGGGUUUCACCAUGUUGGCCAAGCUGGUCUUGAACUCCUGGCCUCAAGUGAUCUGCUGGCUUUGGUAUCCCAAAAUGCUGGGAUUAUACGUGUGAACUACUGCACCUGGCCUGGCCCCUAAAUCCUCUUAAUGCCAGGAAUCAUCUUAGGGUUUGGGGGCUUCGAGUGAAGGCAAGUGCUCACAAUUAAAAACACUGGAAUUUUCUUAAAGAAAAGGAGGCUCCUUCUGACAGCCACUGGACAUUUUGGGGGAACCAUAAAUUCUCGAGAUCCUGUCUCCGAGAAUAAUGUCUGUGUUCCUUCCUUCUACUGUGGUAGGAAGAAAGAGUUAAAUUGAACCCUCUGAGGUCAGAAGAAACAGUUGGAAUUGUGUGAAUGAGGUUCUGGAAAACUAGAUUUCUGAAGCUAGACACUAGCAAGAUUAGAUCUGUUCUAGAAGCCAUUAGGAAGACCCAAGGUGAGGUUCUGAGGCCCUCCAGGCUCUGUGGGAAGAGCAUGAGAAAAUCCCAUUUCCAAGAAUGAGAUUAGUCCUGGGAUGCUGCUGCAAUUCCAUUGCUGGCUGGCUUUUGCUUCUGGGCAUGGCUGGCUGUCUCUGGCAAAUUUUCACAGGUUUUGGCCUAUUUAAAAGAACAGCCCUAAUACUUAGGAGAUCUGUGGGUGUUUAGGUAAAUUAUUUAUGGCCUGAAAUCUUUUACAUUCACUCUCCAAAGGAGUAAUGCAAAAUGGAUGAGGCCUGAGUUCUACCUCAAUGCAUAAACCAUGCUCAGUCUUCUUUCAGAAUGGUCCUCUCUGUGUGGAGUCUUUUGGCAACCUCUGUGGUUUUUAAACUUUUAUGGCCCAGACUUCGCUGAAGGUGAAGCAGGUGUCCGCGUAAUUUUAUUUUAGCAGUAACAUUCUUGUGGAAUUGUUGUUUGAUUCUCUUCUCUCAUUGGGGUACUUCUUGGCUGAGUUUUUAGCGGGGGAACACUGGCUGUUAAGAUUAUUUAAAAUUUUAAAAUAAUACAGAGAGGAAAUAUUAUUUUCAUUUUGCUGAAGAAGAAAUUUACAGUAUGAUAAAUUACUUUACCUAAUAUUACACAGCAGAUAGUUGAGUCUUUUCUCCUGUAAUUCUGCUUUAGUUUAUAUUGCAUUUUAGCUUAUAGAAUGCCAUCAACAUCUGUUAUAUGUGGGUAAUCCAAUGAUAGUUUCAGGUCAUGUCAAAUCAUAAUUCUCAUUCUUUGGACUUUCUACUUUGCGAGAAAGACUUUAGCUCCAAAGGAGUGUAUGUAACUUAGUAACUUGGUUUUAUUUCUUUGUGAAUAUAAGACAAAAAUCUUGCUUGGGUCUGGCUGAAAUUAUUUAUCCUCUGACAUCUGUAGUAAAACUUAUUUUUCCCUUGAAAAAUUAGAACUUAAGUCCUGAGUAUACCAUUUUUGUUUGAGAAUAUUGACGACCCCAUUUCCCAGCUUUCUGAUGAUUCUGACUGCUUAGUACUGACUCCCUAUUGCACAUCUGUGUGAUCAUGCCUGAUGCUCCACCUCUGUGAGCAUGUAUGCAUGUAUUUGCUUGUCAGCUCAGAGUAUUGCUUCUGUGUGGAUCAAGUUAGAUAAGAGAUGUGAAAAAGAUUUGUACCUUCUUCUAAAAAUAUGAAGUGACAUUAUUGUAUUUGAAAACAAAAACCAGAAUGAGCAGGAGCCAAACUGUUUUCCUGGGAUAAUCUGCCUCUAAAUAUAUCAAUAUAAUGAACUAAUUGGUCUGUCUGCACACUUACAGAUGAGUCGGAAAGCUCAGCUUGUUUCUAACAUCUGUAGGAUAUACAUGUCUCCCUAUUUCCCAGAUCCUGUUGGUCCUUGGCUACUUUUAAUUGGUUAUGUGUUACUUGUGUCAGCAGUACUCAGCGAGGUUUCAAUGUGACUGUGAUUAUUGGCAUCUUGAGGACAACUGUGUUACAAUUCACUUGUCAAUGGCUUAUGCUGGGAGUUGCCAUAAAAUUGUGGCCCAAGUAUACCUUAAUGGGUGGCCAAGUAGAGAUAUUUAUUUCCUUUAUUCUAAAAGAAAUGCAAGUGCCAUGAUGGUUUCUGGAACUAAAAUAUUUAACUUUUGAAAUAACAUGGUCUUUAUCCCCGAGGUACAUUAAAAUGAUGGUGCUCUAUUUUCAUUUAGUUAUUCGCUUGAAUGAGAAUGUGAGUAGCUGAAAGGGACCAAAAUAUCUGAGUUGCCUUUUUGAGAGGAAUCAGAAAUUGGUUGCUAAUGGAGAAAACUUCUGAACUCAGAAACUCAUAAUAUAUUCUGUAUUUUUUGCAGAAAAUACCUAAAUUACCCAUGAAACUUUUACGAACAAGGCAAUUUUUGAAGCUGAAAAGCAUAAAAUCAUGUCGAAGCUCUCAAAGUGAAGAAGAUAAAAUUGUUCUUCACCUCCUUGCCAACCCCACCCCUGCUUUUUUGGCCUAGUUUUUUGGUGGAAAGUUCUCUUAUAAAAUUGCUCUUCUUUCAGUUCCUCUUUUCUGAGUGAUUGAUGUCUAGAGAAUUCUGUUUUGCCUUGGAUAACUUCAGAGAAUACAUUUUUCUUCACUGGAUUCGGUACAUAUUUGUGUCUGUACUAUUUUUUUUGGUUCCAAAGGGUGGGACACCAUCUUUGGCUUUUUCUGAAUCUUCUCUUCAUCCUUAUUUUGUGGUUAUUAUAGAAGAUGUUAGAGCAUCAGACUAGUAUUCAUUUGGAAAUAUAGUGUAAGUCAGAGUCCUAAUGGGAAAAUGGAAACCAUAUUAGUUAUUUAAAGUAGAGUAGAUUUGCUUUGGGAUACCAUUACACAGAUAUUGAUGAGCUGAAAGAGCAGAAAGGGAAUACUGGUGACCUAGAAUCAUAGGUACAGGAAGAGCCUGGGACAAAGACCUAUGUGGCUGGUUUAGUGACUGCAGAAAGAAGUUGCAGGCUUGACCAGGUGUCACUGCCAGCGCAGCUGCAGGGGAAAGGAGUAAGGCAGGAAAGAACUCCUUGUCCCUCUCCUCCCAUCUCCCACUAUUACUCUAUUAUGCUGCCUACUGGCAGAAAUUCAGUUCCCAAACUGGGAAUUGUUGUUUGCCAUGUUUUGAGCCCCAACAUCACAGAGUAUAGAAUGAGUUUAGAGGUAAGAAAAACUGGAUAAUGAAUCAGCACAAUCUCAAUAAUUUUUGACACAAAGAGUAUAAUUUGUUAGUUUACUUUCUCUCUAUUUAUAUACUAUCAUCGGUGCAGGUUCCUGCAAUUAAAUAUGUAAUAAAGUUUCAUCAAGUGGCACUUUGAAUUAGUAAUUUUCAACUCAAUGCAUUUUUAUUCUAUAAUUCAUGACUUUCCAUUUGUUUCUCUGUAACUUUGGUAGCAAAUAUUUUAAAUUAGCAUUUGGUAAUUCAUAAUAUGGGAUUUUCACCUUCUGUGCUGAUUUUAGAACUUAAUUUCCAUAUAAGUUGCAACUACAAACCAUCUAAUAAUCUAGCAAACAUAUUAAAUCAAUUUAUAAAGAACCAAAGUAUGUAACAAGUUAUUUUCCUCUAAAGAGAAAAUAAUUUGAGAACAUAUAUAGCAGAAUUUUUAGAGAGGGAAUUUAGAGCUCAUGUAAUCAAUGAACCUUGUUUCUAAAGUUACUUCCACAUAAUAGUCAAUUCCUUCUUUACAGAUUUUAGUGCUGGACUGAGAUAGUAGUGAAAAAAUAAAUUUAGAGAUAAAUAUACUCUUGACACACAUGUUUUAUUAACCCAGUUUUCUUGAAUUUUACAAAUUGGAAAUAUUUCAGGUGGAUGAAUAAGUAAAACACAUGCAAAGAGAAACAAGAAUAGGCUAGAUUGGGAUGUUAACUCAGCUUGUUAAAAAGGCUUAUAUUUAGAAUCUACAGUAACAAAAAGGCAAGCAUUAUCCUUUUUUGCAUAAUAUUCUUUGAGGAAUGCUCUUCCUAUAUACUUACAAGAAAAUAAUUUGAUUUCUUUAGUGGAAGAAAUUACCAAAUAGUUUAUUACAGUGAGGCAGGAAGUGUGCAUAGAUUAAUUUAGCAAGCAGUUAUUGCAGUCCUUCUGUAAUGGAAUAGAACUAUGGCCUAUCCUACAAACUGGGAAGCCAGGAAUGGGGUCAAAAAUUGACUUGCUUUCUGAUCAGUGCCGCUUGUUAAGCACUCCCACUCACCUGAAUCAUUCAACAGAUGUUGAAACAUCUGCUUUCCAAAAUAUUCAUUUUUAUUUUGUGUUUUUGCUCCUGCCUUUCUGUUAGCAUGAAAUGCCCUAUUUUCCCCCCUUCCUAUUGAAAUUCAAUCUAUCUUUCAAGACCCAGUUCGAAUGCCAUGAGUUUCAUAACCCCCUCCUCCAGAUUCUGUUAGUUUUAAUCAGUUGCUUCUUCUUUACUCCUAGAAGAUUUUGCUCUAUCAUUUUCUACAUCUCCCACACAAAUAAUUCCUUAUUUCAGAUAGUGUUCUCCUUUGAUAAUAGUACCAUGGACUAUUAUGGAUGAAAGCUUUAUAUUCUUCGACCCAGAAAACCAUACAUAUUUAUACACAAAUGCAUUUUCAUAGGGUUUGCUAAGAAGAGGUAGAGAGUUUGAAAGGUGGACUGUUUAAAUAUCUAAUGCGCAAUCGUUCUUGGUAAUGAAAUGCCUGAUGUUUCCCUUCCCCUCUCUUCUUUUUCUUUCCUUUGUUUCCUUUUCCUUCCACCAUCUUUCCUCUUUAUUCCCUUCCCUUCCUUUCCCUUCUCUUCCCUCCCCUCCCCUCCUUCCUUCCUUCCUUUCUUCCUUCCCUCCCUCCCUCUCUCCUUCUUUCCUUUUCAUUCCCUCCUUUGUUCCUUCCUUCCUUCCUUUCUUCCUUUCUUCUCUCUUCUUUCUUUUCAGUUUAUUUAUCCUUUAUUUAAUACUGGUUUUUAUUUUUUAGUGACUCCAAAAUUUGGAAACUUUUUUCUUAGAAUAGAAACGUAUUUUAAGAAAGAAAAUUCACUUAGAAGCAAAAAUUGAUAUACUUUGAAUAACUUUGUUGGGGAAAAAAAAACUGCAUUACUCCGUUUCUAAUAUUAUGUCCUCACCAACAUCACAGAAUUAAGUAGUGGAAAGAACACUGAACUUGGUGUCCAAAAAUAUGAGAUCAACUUCAGGAUCUACCAGAUAAUAAUAUUGUGAACUUCCAAAUUAAUGUAAUAUCCCUGAGCUUACUACAACUCUGUGAAAUAAAAAAAUGAAAGUACUAUAGGAUUGUGGAGAUUGUGUGAAAUCUAUAUGAAAGCACUUUGUGAACUAUGUACCACAUUAUUUAAGUUGUAGAAGUUGUUUUCAUUAUCAUUAUGAGUAAGAAUACGUAGAUUAUAAGAUCAUAUUUAAACAUGAACAUCAAAUAUUUUCUAGAAUAUAAAACAUUUCAGGGAAACAAGAAAGAGUACUUAGUGACCCGAGGCAGUAAAAUUUAUCUAAAAUGCCUUAAUUAUUGUUCAUUAUAUAAUACCUCAUUUAAAAAAAUCAAAAGUGAGAUCUAAAGUUAAUUUGCAUUGUAUGUAUUGAAUUAGCACCAGUGAAAAGAACUAUAAUACAGUAGGAGUGGAAAUGAUCUUACUACAGACAAUUCUGUCACUUAAAAAAUCAUUUCUUGACCCAGAUUCUGUGUGUCAGAUGUAGUAUCUCUAUAUUGCAAGGAGUAAAGAGCCCGAGAGUGGUAGAAUUGGAAAAAAGCUUUGUUUUUCCAGACAUUACUUUUUGUGGUUUAGUUCUCCUCAGAGUGAUUAAGUGCUGGUUGGCCUUACCUACCUUUAGGUUUGUACUUUAUUAAGAGACCCUGAUGGAUUAAUGGUACAUAAGUUGUAUUUCCUGGGAUUCUGCUUGUCAGGAGCUUAAUGCUGAAAGCAGAUGACAUGUAAACUGCCCCUGCAGCACCCAUUACACUCAAAUAAAAUAGUCAAUCAUGAGUGUGUACUACAUGGAAUCACUACUCUUUUCAUUUUGGUUUUAAAAAUGUGAGGCUUUAAAACUGCAGAGAAAAAACAUAGAGGCCACAAUAUUUUAAAUUAAACCUAUCAUUUACAAUAAAGGAAUGAGCCAUACUUAAUUUUUAAUGUUCCAACAUCUUUUGACUUUUCCAUUUACAAGCUGUACAAUUUUAUGCAAGCUGUUUUUUUCCCCUCUGAGUCUCAAUUUCCUUUCCUGUAAUAUAUGAAGAGGUUGAGCUAUAUCAUUUUUAAUAAUCUUUGAAGUCUCAAAGAUGCAUUUGAUUACUUAAAAUAAUGGUUUACCAUAAAAUCCCUGGAAGAUAACCUAGGGAAUAUCAUUCUGGACGUGAGACCCGGCAAAGACGUCGUGACAAAGAUGCCAAAAGCAAUUGCAACAAAACCGAAAAUUGACAAGUCGGACCUAAUUAUACUAAAGAGCUUCUGCCCAACAAAAGAAACUAUGAACAGAGUAAACAGACAACCUACAGAAUGAGAUAAAAUUUUUGCAAACUAUGUACCCAACAAAGGUCAAAUAUCCAGCCUCUAUAAGGAACUUACACAAAUUUACAAGAAAAAAAGCAAACAACCACAUUAAAAAGUAGGCAAAGGAGAUGAGCAGACACUUUUCAAAAGAAGACAUACCAGCAGCCAACAAUCAUGUGACAAAAAGGUCAAUGUCACUGAUAAUUACAGAAAUGCCAAUCAAAACCGCAAUGAGAUACCAUCUCACACCAGUCAGAAUGGCUGUUACUAAAAAGUCAAAACAAUAACAGAUGCAGGAGAGGUUGUGAAAGAAGGGAAGACUUAUGUGGUGCUGGUGGGAAUAAAAACUAGUUCAGCCAUUGUAGAAAGCAGUUUGGCAAUUUCUCAAAGAACUUAAAACAUUACCAUUUGACCCUGCAAUCCCAUUACUGGAUAUAUGCCCAAGGGAAUGUAAAUCAUUCUAUCAUAAAGACAUGUGCAUGUGUCUGUUCAAUGCGGCACACUAUUCACAAUAGCAAAGACAUGGAAUCAACCUAUAUGCCCAUCAAUGGUAAACAGGAUAAAGAAAAUGUAGUACAUAUACACCAUGGAAUACUAUGCAGCCAUGAAAAAUGAGAUCAUGUCCUUUGCAGGAAAAUGGAUAGAGCUGGAGGCCAUUAUCCUUAGCAAACUAAUUCUGGAACAGAAAAACACAUACUGCACGUUCCCACUCAUAAGUGGAAGCUACACAUUGAGUACACAUGGACACAGAGAAGGGAACAACAGACACUGGGGCCUACUUGAGUGUGGAGGGUGGAAGAGGGUGAGGAUCAAAAAACUACCUAUUAGGUACUAUGCUUAUUACCUGAGUGACAAAGUAAUUUGUACACUGAACCCCUGUGACAUGCAAUUUACCUAUAUAGCAAACCUGCACAUGUACCCCUGAACCUAAAAGUUCAAAAAAAUAAAAUAAUAUUUUAAUGAGCCCUCUACAUAUUGUUUCUUUUUAAAAGAAUAGUAUUUAAAGAGAAUUAUAAUCUCAAAAAUAUCAAUAGAAUACCUUUUUCUUACAUAAGACUUUUUUGGUCUAGCAUGUUCUAGUUACAUGUGCCUAAUUAUAAUAACAGUCUUUCUCAUUCACAGAAGUAUUUAAAAUAAUUUAGCUUGCCUGAUGCUCCCUAAGGGAGUAUUUUGUAUUUCUACAGAAUGAGAAACAUUAUGUAUUUGUGUGGGCACACAUGUAAAAUUACGGACAACGAUGUUAGUGUCUACAAUAAAAAGAUCAACUUAGAAAUUCGUGAUUUGCUUUCUGUUUCUACAUCUCUGUAUGCAUCUAUACAAAGUGAAACACUUUUAAGUUUAAAUUAGAUAAUGUACAUGCUUUAUCACAUUACUAACUGCCAAAGAUUACUAGUAAGUAGUGCUUGAAUUCAUUCAUUCAACAUUGAUAGAGUACAAAUAUGUGGCAGACAUUGCAAAAGACAGUGCGGGUAGGAAGAAGAAAAUAUACUGCACAAGCUCAGGGAACACUGAACCCAGCUGCCUAGGGAACACAUAUUUGACUAUAUAAAAUAAUAAAAUGAUCUUGUAGCUGAGAUUAGUUCAAUGAGAUUGUAUGAGAAUACACAGAAGGAGAAUUUUCUCAGUCCCUUAAGAGAAAACAGGCACUGCUUCCUGGGUGAUGUUCAAGCUGAGUCAAAUGAGGAGGAUGUGCAGAAGUGCAAAUGUUUAAAGAGCAUUUUUUCCAGAAAUUCAUUCAAAACAUUCAUUUCAAUAUGAUUGAAAUGUCAGUAUUCAGUAUAUGCGUUUCAGUAUGACUAAAAUGUGGGCUACAAGGCAAAUUUGGUAAGAUGAAGCUGCAGAAAUCGGCAGUGACAGACUGUGGAGGGCCAAGUUGAUAUUUUAUUUUGAAGACUGUGGGAAUUCAAUGACCUGUUUUAAGCAUGGGAGGAAAUGGGAAAUAGCUUGAGUGGCUCUGCAGUUUAGAAGGAUCAUCCUGUUAGUUUUGUGGUGAAAAUAUUUGAAGGCAAACAAUCUGGGGGCAGGGAGAAGAGCUAAGCUAUUAAUAUAAGUGGCAAGGUUCGGAAGCAUCAGGAAUUGCAGGUAAAGAGCAUCUGGUAGAACAAAGAGACCUUUCGUGGGUAGCCUCAUCAGGCCUCAGUGAUUUGUGAAAAACAAGGGAAUGGGAAGAAUCGAGCAUAAUUUCUGUGUUCUGGGUUAGGAAAGGCGGUGGUUCCACUCAUUGAAAAGGGAGGAGAUUUGGUGGUAAAGCAUUGAGUGAUUUUGUGGCCCUGAAAUAAGUAGACAGAAAAGCAUAAAGGGCAUUUAGCCAUCGAGGUUGGAAACAUAGAUCUGUGCUUCAUCAGUAGAGUUUAUUUGAAAUUAUAAGAGUGGAUGGUGCCACCCAGGGAAACAGAAUACAAUGAAAUCAAAAGAAGAACAAAGAUGGAACUCUGAGAAAUACUAUCACUUCAGGUGUAACCGAAAGAAAUUGAAUCUAUGAAGGAGGUUGAAAAAUUACCACAGAUAUUGAAGGAAAAACAGGCAAGAAUUACAUUAUGGAAGCCCUACAGGAGACAAUUUCAAGAAAACUUGGUCCAGACAUCUACAUAUUUAAUAGAUUUAAAGUAAAAUCAAGGCUGACGUGUUCAUUUUAUUAGAAAUAAUGGAGUAACUGCUUAACCUUGUGAGAAAAAUUUCCCUGGAAAGAUAGGGUUAGAAAUUUUAUAGCUGUAGGAUGAGAGCAGAAAGGGAAGGAGAAAGUGUAGAUUACCUGUAAAGAAUUUAGUUAAGGGGAAAUCAGGACAAUUAGAUGAUGGCUGGGAGACCCUGAAAUUAAAUUUUUUUUUUUAAUAAUGAGAGAGAGAUUUAUGUUUAUUUAUAUAUGAAGGGAAAGAAAGCAGUAAGGGAGCUGUCGAAGGUACCAGAAGAGGAUGUUGUGAGGUCUCUCAGGAAGAAGAGAGUACGAUUUAAAGCACAGGUUAAAGGAUUAUGUUGAGACUUGAUAUAAGAUAAACCUUCUUGUGAGACUGGAGAGAGAUGAUAAGAAUGAGUGGAAAUAUAUCUAUAUUUAUCGAUGGACAGAGAUGGCUAAAAAUCAGGGAACUGAGUGAUGAUUAUUUCUUCUGAAAUAAGAGAAAUUUUCUUUGUAAAUGAAUAAACUGAUGAGAUAUCAAUAUUUUUGUGGAUUUUUAAACUCUAAUUUAUUUGCACAUACUUUCUUAUGGUCUCUGUGGAAUUAAAAUGCUACCCUUAACAUAGAAAACUAUUUUCCCUAUCAAAAGUUGUGCAGCAUGAUAUUCUGACACACUUUUUCAAUUGUUUUUUAUUGCUGUAGGUGUCAGUGUUUGGUACUUUACCAUGGCACGUGUUUACAUACAAACGUGACCAGAGAACUACAACAAAUAGUUUACAGGAGGUGAAGAUUAUAGAGGUAUCAAAACUCUGUGUAUUUAAUGAAGUGAAUGUAUGAUUAGCUCAGCUUCUAAGAGACUGGAAGUUGAGAGCCUAGGGUGUUUCAUAAUGUUGGGCUUCAAAAAUAUAUUUUUGAAAUUGUCUCCAAGAUAGGUCACAUGUACCAUGAUUGAAUUUUCUAGAGCACAAUAAUUUGUUAAGUGUAAACCUUUAACAUAUAUUAGUUUGUAGCUAUAUUUUGGCAUUUUUAAAAUUCUGCAACUGCAAGCCUGAAAAAAAUAGAAAUGGCCUUGACCUGCCUUGUUCACUGAGAUGCCCCAUGCUUGGGCAGUGGUAAUGACUCUUAGACAUAUAAUCUAGAAAGCUUCUAUUUCAAGAUCACAUUUUUGAAUUUUUUUUUUUCCCCAUUUAGGAGUAUAGUAGAAACAGAAGAAAGGGGAGACGCUUGUUAACAGAGCUUGUUAUUAUAUUUAAUAACAUGUCAUUGUGUGGAAAUUAAGACUUAUCCAUUGUGAAACUAGUUAAGUAAAUCCACAUAAUAGAGCUGUCGUAUUAAAUCAAUGAUCAGACAUCACCCGCUUUUGCAUGCUUCUGGCUUAGUUUAUUGUUCAUAGCAGCUGAAAAAGGAAUAUAUAUAUUUUUCUUUCUUGAUUUUAUUUUUAAUGUACAAAUAAUAGUUGCAUACAUUUAUGGGGUUCAAUGUGAUGUUUUGAUAUAUGUUUACAAGGUGAAAUGAUUAAUUGGGCAAAUUAACAAAAUUAUCACCUCAGAUACUUAUCAUUCUUUUGUAAAAAAAAUUUGUAAGCAGUAAAACUUUACUCAUAUGCAACUCUACUCUUUAGACGUCUUACAGAAAGCCCUACUUAGAACUAGAAGCAAAAAAAAAUUCAUUCUGAAAAACUUAAAAUAGAAACAUACAACUCACUUUUAGCUAGGGUUGCCAGAGAAUUUCAAUUACACAUUAUUGUACUUUAUAUUAGGUAUGAGAUUGUAUGGUUUUUAAAGUCCAUUUCCCCCCCAAAAUUCUCAUUUUAUUUUGCUCUAAGAUAAAUGAGAAGCAUAAUAAGAAUAUGCAGUGUUCACUUCCUACUAUCUGGAGCACUCAAUUUGUUUUGUUUUUUAGUCUAUACACUACCCACAAGUCUAUACAUUCUUUUCACACCAGCACUGAAACAUUUUAUAUAAUAAUGGAACAGCAAGUUCUUUUUUGAAGAGGAAUAUUUUUAUUCAUCGAGAGAUGCUGUUCUUUCCAGAGAUAUGAACAUUAUGUUCAAAGCAGCAACUCCAAUCUAAAGGAAAUGUGGAGGGAGCUAUUUUCAAAGUGGCAACAGGAAGAUUUGGAUAUUUCAUCAAAAUAAAGAGGUUACUCAAAAUUAACCAAACCCCUAACACUCAGAGAACAGCAUACCGAACUUUCAAAAGGCGACCCGUGUUCAGGUAUCUGGGGCCUCUGCUGUACGUAAGUACAUUACCCCACAGGGGAAUUGAGUUAGUGUAUUCAGAACAACUGGUUCUGCUGCAAACCCAAGUUGUUUGAAAAUGGCCUUUUAUUUAAUUUUACCUCAGAAAGAUUUAAAAAAAAACGCAGUAAAAGGAGAUACAGAUGCCAAAUGAGCAGGGUUUUUUUGUAAUAAGGCUGCUAAAUAUUCCUUACCUUAAAUGAGUUCCAUAAGAUAAUAAACAAGAUGAAACAAAAUGCCUUAAAAGAUUCGGGGGGAUGGGGAAAAUAAAUUUGUCCCUGCUGAGUAGGUAAUACCCAGUGCUAAUAAUAAGAACAAUUUCAGUCACGUACCAUGCAUGAGACUCGACUGAAUAUUGGUUUAAACAUACAAAAGACAUUUUUGGACAAUUGGAGCAUUUGAGUAUGGACUGGAGGUUGGAUGACAUUAUGGAAGUAUUGCUCAGCUUUUGAGAUGUGAAAAUGGUAUCACAAUUUUAUAGGGGAAUGCCUCUAUUGUUAGGAGAGUAUGCUGAAACAUUCAAGAUAACAUGAUUUUAAAAAAAGACAACAAAACAAAAAAAACCAACUAGACAUUUAGCUAUUUCAUUGUUUCUGAGAUGCCACUGAUUGUCAGAAAUAUCAUUAUUGUUUAUACAAACAAUUAAGAGAGAAAAAUGCUGCCAAUAAAAAGAUAAUGCUUUCACAUAAAUUUGCAUUUUAUUUUAUACAUACUGGCAGAGCUUUAUAAGUCAUUUUUGACAGUUUGUAGAAUUAUAUGUCCAUUUUAUGGAUACCUUAAAAAUGAACACAAACAAAAUAAUUGUUUACAUUUUCUGGAAGCUCCUCCCCAUUCAGAGUCUGACUCUUCUGGUUCAUGUUUGGACUCACAGCCAUCCAUAUCCAUGCCAUUUCUCACAAUAUCACCCUUUGUACCAUUAGGAAAAUCGAUGUCACAGCAUUAUUUCAAAUAAUGCUUCACUCAUUAAUCUGGGACUUUAUUCCAAGCUGCGGAUACCCAUUUUGCAAGUUUUGAGGAUGAUGCUUUUGAUAUUUGCAUUCGGGCAGGCAAUGACAUUACAACUGCCACCAGGCCACAGCAAUUAUAAGACACCACCAGCUUUAGACACAUCCCAGUUUUAUUUUAUUGUACUUUUUAAUUGAUAUAUCAUAUUUUUAAAAGGGCACAUGUGAUAUUUUGAUAUAUGAAUUUACAAUGUGUAAUGAUAAAAUCAGGGUAAUUUUGAUAUACAUCUCCUCAAACAUUUAUCUUUUUCUCUUUGUGUUGGGAAAAUUACAAUUCUUCUCAUAGCUAUUUUGAAAUAUACAAUCAAUUAUUGUUAACUAUAAUUUUCCUAUUGCACUAUCAAAUACUAGGACUGAUUAUUAUUAUUUUUUUACCUAAUGGUAUUUUUGUACAUAUUAGGCAACUUCUCUUCAUCUUACUCUUUUCUUCUCGGCCUCGGUAACCACCAUUGCAGUCCAAGAAUUCCACAUUUUUAGCUCUUGCAUAUGAGUGGGACAACAUGAUAUUUGUCUUUCUGUGCCUGGCUUAUUUCCCCUCAUGUAAUGAGCUAGAACUCCAUCCACAUUGUAAACGACAGGAUUUUAUUCUUUUUUUAUGACUGAAUAGUAUUUUAUUGUGUAUAUAUACCAAAUUUUCUUUUUCCACUCAUCUGUUGAUGGACACUUAAGUUGAUCCCAUAGCUUCGCUGUUAUGAAUAGUGCUGCAACAAACAUGGAAGUGCAGAUACCUCUUCAAUAUACUCUUUCCUUUCUUUUGGAUAUAUUCACAGCAGUGGGAUUGCAGGAUCAUGUGGUAGUUCUAUUUUUAUUUUUUGAGGUUUGUUUUCCAUAAUGGCUAUAUUACUUUACGUUCCUACCAACAGUGUAAAGCAUUUCCCUUUCUCCAUAUCCUCACCAGCAUUUGUUAUUUUUUGUCUUUUUGACGACAGCUAUUCUAACUGGGGUAAAAUAAUAUCUCAUUGUGACUUUGAUAUGCAUUCACCGGAUGAUGAAUGAUGUUGCACAUUUUUCAUAUACUUAUUGGCUGUUUGUAUGUUUUCUUUUGAGAAAUGACCCAUUUUUAAUCAGACUAUUAUGAUUUUGCUAUUGAGUUGUUUAAAUUACUUAUGUAUUUUGCUUAUUAAUUCCCUAUCAGAUGGAUAGUUUGCAAAAAAUUUCUUCCAUUCCAUAUUCUUUGUUUUGCAGAAGCUUUUUAGUUUAAUGUAAUCCCAUUUGUCUAUUUCUGCUUUUCUUACCUGUGCUUUUGAGGUCUUACCCAAAAAAUCUUUGCACAGACCAAUGUGCUAUGUUGUUUCCCCCAAGGUUUUCUUCUAGUAGUUUCAUAGUUUCUGGGCUUAAAUUUAAGUCUUUAAUCCACUUUGAGUUGAUUUUUCUAUAUAGUGAAAGUUGGGAAUCUAGUUUCAUUAUUUUGCCUAUGGAGAUGUAUUUUUCCCAGCAGGAAGAGACUGUCUUUUCUCAAAUAUACCUUCUUGUCAACUUUGCCAAAAAGAGUUGGCUGUAAGUGUGUGGAUUUACUUCUGGGUUCUCUAUUCUGUUCCAUUGAUUUAUGUGUCUGUUUUUACGUCAAUACCAUAAAUAGUACCAUAUUGUUUUGGUUAGUAUAGCUUUGUAGUACAGUUUGAAAUCUGGUAGUGUGAUGCCUCCAGCUUUGUUCUUUUUGCUUAUGAUUGCUUUGGCUAUUCAGUGUCUUUUGUAGUUCCAUAUGAAUUUUAGGAUUUUUUUUUAUAUCUAUGAAGAACAUCAUUGGUAUUUUGUUAGGGAAUGCAUUGAAUCUGUAGAUUGCUUUCGGCAGUGUAGACAUUUUUAACAAUAUUAAUUAUUUUAAUCCAUUAGCAUGUAAUAUUUUUCCAUUUCUUGAGAUUUUUUUAAAUCAUAAAGUGAUGUUUGAAUUUUAUCGAAUGCUUUUUCAGCAUCUAUUGAAAUGAUCAUUUUUUUGUCCUUCAUUCUGUUGAUGCAAUGUAACACAUUGAUUGAUUUGCAUAUGUUGAACCAUUCUUACAUUCCUGGGAAAAAUCCCACUUGAUUGUGGUGAAUGAUAUUUUUAAUGUGUUGUUAAAUUUUAUUUGCUAGUAUUUUGUUGAGGAUUUUUGUAUCUAUGCUAAUCAGGGAUAUUGGUCUGUUGUUUUCUUUUUUGUUGUUGUGUCUUUGUCUGGUUUCCUUUGACACCUUUGGUGUCCUCGUAUAAUGAGUUUGGAAGUAUUCUCUCUUCUACAAUUUUGGGAGAUAGUUUGAAUAGAAUUGGUAUUAGUUCUUCUUCAAAUGUUUGCUAAGAUUCAGCAGUGAAUCCAUCAGGUCCUGUGCCUUUCUUUGAUGGGGUCAUUUUUAUUACUUCUUUAAUCUUGUUGCUCAUUAUUGGUCUGUCCAGGUUUUCUAUUUCUUCAUGGUUCAAUCUUGGUAGGUUGUAUGUAUUCAGGAAUUUGUCCAUUUCUUCGAGGGUUUCCAAUUUGUUGCUGUAAAGUUGUUCAUAGUAGUCUGUAAUGAUCCUUUGUAUUUCUGUGGUGACAGUUUUAAUGUUUUUUUUUCACUUCUGAUUUCAUUUAUUUGUGUUUUCUAACUGUUUCCUUUGCUGGUCUAACUAUAGUUUUAUCGAUUUUGUUUAUCUUUUCAAAAAAGCAACCUUUGUUUUGUUGAUCUUUUGUAUAUUUUUUAGCCUCUUUUAUUCAUUUCUUUUCUGAUAUUUUUUUCUUUCUUUUUUUUUUGAGACGGAGUCUUACUUUGUUGCCUAAGCUGGAGUACGGUGGCACGUUCUCAGCUCACUGCUGCUUCCCGGGUUCAAGCGAUUCUCCUACCUCAGCCUCCUGAGUAGCUGGGAUUACAGGCGUGUGCCACUACGCCCAGCUAAUUUUUGUAUUUUUCAGUAGACACGGGAUUUCACCAUGUUGGCCAGGCUGGUCUUGAACUCCUGGCUUCAAGUGAUCUGCCUGCCUUGGCCUCCCAAAGUGCUGGGAUUACAGGCAUGAGCCACUGUGGUCGACCCUACUCUGAUCUUUAUUAUUGCUUUUCUUCUAUGAAUUUUGGGUUUGGUUUGUUUUUGCUUUUAUAGUUCCUUGAGGUUUACCAAUUGGUUGUUUAUUUAAAAUUUUUCCAUUUUUUUGAUAUAAGGAUUUAUUGCUAAAAUCUUCCCUGUUACUACUGCUUUUGUUUUAUACCACAGGUUUUAGUAUGUUGUGUUUCCAUUUUCACUUUUUUCAAAAACUUUUUUUUUUAAGUGAAAGUAAGUUUAUUAAUAAGGUAAAGGUAUAAAGAAUGACUACUCUGUAGGCCAAGCAGCCCUGAGGGCUGCUGGCUGGCCACUUUUACAGUCAUUUCUUGAUUAUAUGCUAAACAAGGGAUGGAUUAUUAAUGAGUUUUCCAGGAAAGGGGUGGGCAAUUCCUGGAAUUGAGGGUUCCUCCCCUUUUUAGACCAUAUAGGGUAAAUUCCUGAUGUUGCCAUGGCAUUUGUAAACUGUCAUGCUGCUGGUGGGAGUGUCUUUUAACAUCCUAAUACAUUAAAAUUAGCUUAUAACAGGCAAUGAGGAUGCCCAGAGGUCACUCUCAUCACCAUCUUGGUUUUGAUAGGUUUUGGCCACCUUCUUUACCAUAACCUGUUUUAUCAGCAAGGUCUUUGUGACCUGUACCUUGUGCUGACAUCCUGUGUCAUCCUGUGACUUAGAAUGCCUUAACCUCCUGGGAAUGCAGCCCAGUAGGUCUCAGCUUUAUUUUACGCAGCCUCUAUUCAAGACGAAGUUGCUCUGGUUCCAACGCCUCUGAUGUUUCCCUCCUCCCUUUUACAAGGGAACCCUUAAUCCUAAAAGUUGUAGAAAGACAAAGAUCCCUCUUCUGUAACUUCUUUAGGCUGAAUAGGGGUGGUGUUCCUGCCUAACUACUAGGAUUUCUUGUAUUCAGAGUAGAGAGCAGCUCAGUCAGAAAGCAUCAGUAUGUUGAGGGCCACUCAUAAUUCUUGAGUUCUGACAAAAGAUGUUAUCUGGAAGAUUAAUAACUGUUUAAGAAAACAUUGAGGCCGGGCACGGUGGCUCACACCUGUAAUCCCAGCAAUUUAGGAGGCAAAGACCGGUGGAUCACGAGGUCAAGAGAUUGAGACCAUCCUGGCCAACAAGGUGAAACCCCGUUUCUCCUAAAAAUACAAAAAUUAGCUGGGCAUGGUGGCACGUGCCUGUAGUCCCAGCUACUCAGGAGGCUGAGGCAGGAUAAUUGCUUGAACCUGGGAGGUGGAAGUUGCAGUGAGCCGAGAUUGCGCCACUGCACUCCAGCCUAGCGACAGAGUGAGACUCCAUCUCAAAAAAAAAAAAAAAGAAAACAUCGAGUAAGCGUUUCCUGCAUUUGUACACCAAGAGUACAACAGCAAGAUAUUCCACAACAUUAAAGCAAAAUAAUUAAAAUUAUCCCAAGUAAACUAAAUAAGAAGGCUUUCUGUGAACAGGGUAAUUAUUGGAACCAAGCUAAUACAGAGUUGCUAGCCAAUUCCAAUAUCUGCCCAGAAUUAGAAUAUUGAUCCAGAUUUUCACAUUACCCAUCUCUCUUGUUUCUUUUGAGCUGCAAUCAGAGAUCACUGGUUGAUUCACAAAAAUAAGCAGAGCCAGUCUAAAUUACAGAAAAAAACUCAAAAACAACUGAUGAGACUAGAAUUUAAUAACAGGCAUACCAUAGUUAUUGAAACAAUUUUUCUCUCUCCAAUCUUCUAUUUUUACUGAAGACAAAUUAUGGUAAGAACAAUUCAAUUCAUUAUACUUGGCCUGAUUAUUUGUAUAAAGUACAGAAAGAGUAAUUAUUUUUCUAACAGGUUUUUGUUGUUGUUGUUGUUGUCAUUGUUGUUUGUCUCACUCUGUCACCCAGGCUGCAGUGCAGUGGCAUGAUCAUAGCUCAACGUAGCCUUGACCUCCCUGGCUCAAGCUAUCUUCCCUCCUCAGCCUCCUGAGUACUAUUAUUUUUUUCUCUUCUGGUUGUAUAUUUUCAAUAGUCCAUCUUGGAGCAUGCUGAUUCUUUCUUCUAUUUGAUCCAUUCUGCUGUUGAUAUCUAUUGCAUUUUUCAUUUCAUUUAUUAUACUCUUAAGCACCAAUAUUCGUUCAAUUUUUAAAAUUACUAUUUCAAUUCCUGUUAAAUUCCUCUGAUAGAUUUCUUAAUUGAUUCUGUGUUUUCUUGAAGUUUGCUGAGGUUCCUGAAACAACUAUUUUGAAUUAUUUGCUUGAAUGAUCACAUAUCUCCAUCACUUUAGGGUCAGUCUCUGGCACCUUAUUUUGUCCACUUUGUAGUGUUAUAUUUUCCUUGAAUGUUCCUGACACUUGCUGAUGUCUGACAAUGUCUUUACAUUGAAGGAUUAGGUAUUUAUUUUAGUCUUCACAGUCUGGUUUUGUUUGUACCUGCCGUUCUUCAGAAAGCCUUUCAGUAAUUCUAAGCUGACUAAUUUUUUGUUCCUUCAGCCUGUGAUCACUACAGUCAUUGUGGCACUAGAGGAUGGUCUAAGCCCAGGCUUGCUGUGAGUCUUGCAAAAAGGUCUAAGAUUAAUGUGGCUUUUUGGCAAGAAUAGACUUGGGGAAGAUCUAAGGAGACUAUUAAGGCUGUCUGGGAAUGUUGGCCAGGAGUUUGAGUUCAGAAGAUUGUCCCCAGUGGCCCAGGUGAAUGUUCUUCAUAGCAGGCAUAUGCACAAGUGGAUGAGUCCCUGACUGUAGUGAAAGUGUCUAGAGUUGAGCCUGGGCUCCUUCAGGAUCUGCUGGUGGGCCUGUCUCAUUGACCUAGACAGGUGAGUGUCACUCAGCGUGUCCUUGCCUAAGUGGGGGUAGUUCCUUGACUGCAACAGGAGGGACCAGAGAUGAGACAGGGCCCCCUCAGGAUCUGCUGUGGAAUGAAGGGUAAUAUGCAUGUUACAUUGACUCAGAUGGGCACGUAUCUCCCAGCAGAUCUCUGUAUAGAUGACAUAGUUUUCUGAAUGCAACAAGAGGGACUGAAGCUUACAGUGAGUCCCGUUGGAAUUUGUUGUGGGACAGAUGCUGGAGAGCCUAGUCUUGACUCAGAGGAGUGUGUGUCACUCAGCAAGUUCUUGAAUAGAUAAGAAUAGUUCCUUGACUUCUGCAAAAGGUGCUGGAGCUGAGACUGGACCCCCUUGGGAUCUGCUGUGGGAAGGAGGCUUAAAAUCCUGGUCUCACUGGCUCAGACAGGUAAGUUUUUCCCAGCAGGUCUCAGCACAGAUGGCAUAGUUCCCCAACUACAGUGAGAGAGGCCAAAGCUGAGACUGGGUCCCCUUGGGACCUGCUGUGGGAUAGAGGUUGGCAUGCCCAUCUGUGAGGCUUAGACUCCCAGGCUGGGGGAUAUGGGUGAGUCUCCCUCUGGGUCCUUGUGUGAGCAUCUCUGAGCUGUAAGGUCAGCUGAGGAAGGAUGGAGCAGCACCACAGGGUUACUGUCAGGUUCACUGCUGAGACCAAUGUCAGUGGGCAGGUGAGAGUGUGCAAGAUUCCUUCUGGACCUCUUGGCAGAUAGUUUUGGUUCCAGGCUCAAGAACAAAUGGAGCUUUAGCCAAACUCCUUGAGAGACUUGGCAGUGAACCCAGAAACAAGCUUGGUGGGGCAGAUCAGCCACCUGGGUGUUGGUCUGCAUGCUUAAAAACAACCCUAAUAAGUCCUAGGCUUCAAUGAGGUUUCACAAAUUCCUACUUGAAUCCUGAGGCUCCUGAAGAGAGAGUUUUGACUGUAAAUAGGUACAGAAUUCUUGUUGCUGUGGAGGCAUAUGAGUGGGUUACCUUUUACUCUGCCAUCUUGGUGACAUCAUCUCAACAUGUUCCAGUUUUAGAAAUGUUAAAGCUGUGGAGAAAUACAUGUCUUUGACUAGAUGAAACUUCCCAUUUUUGGUUCCAUUCAGACCCCUGACAACAUUUAAAGCUCAUUUACUGUAUUUUAUUUUUGCUCUUAAUUAUACCGCUUAAUAUAUUUAUCUGGUUCUUAAAGCCAUAGCUGAUCAAAAGGAAGAACUUUAGAAUUGCAAAGAUUAAAAUUAUUUGUGUAUUGCUUUACAAUUUGAAAACUGCUUUCGCGUGUCCAAACUAAUUUAACAACCAUAUUUUGUUUUACAACUAUAUUGGGUACUAUUAUUAUCUUCAUACCCACUUUACAGAUAAGGAAACUGAGAUUCUAAGUGAGGUUAAGAUGCUGAACAUUAGUACCUGCAUACAUCUGAAUUCAAAUGUAGCCUUCGUGAUGCCAAAAUGUAUGCCCUUUCCACUCACUUUUCUACCAAUAAGGAGAGAGCGAACGCAAGAGAAGGCAUUGCCGGCAUUAGAGAAUGAUGAUCAAAGCUACACAACCUCAAUAAUGCAAAUGAACAGACAAUAUGUAUAUAAAAGAGCUGAAAAGACUACUUUAUUAAAAAAUAAAGCAGUCUAAAGUCAUUACGUGUUGAAGUAAACAACGUUAGGCCCCCAGGUAUCUAUAGCAGAUGUUCAUGAUGUUGAUUUGAGCAAUUGAGAUGAAGUGAACUAGUACUUAUUUUUCCUGCUAUUUCUUUUUCAGCAAGGAAGGAGUUCAGUUUAGAAAGUUCAACAUCCCAAGUGGUUAAUUUAAUAAUUAUUAUUUAGAAAAUAAUUUUCUUUGGAUUUUUUAUAUUCAAGAUAUGAUAAGUUAUCACACAUGUUACAUUGCACUCCAGUAAUUGUGACUUUGACAGUCUAAUAAGUCUUCAUUAUUAUUUUUCUGAUUAUGAAUGCUUUGUAUAUAUAUGCUUUAUAGCUUAUUUAAAACAUUGAGAAAGGUAUAAAUGAACAGAAAGUAAAAAUUAAAUUAAAAACCAAAACCGAAAGAAAAUCUAAACACCUAAAUCUCACCAUUGUUAAAAUUUGACAUAUCCUUCCAUAGUCUUUUUUCAUGCAUUCAGAAAUAGAACUGAUAUAAUAUUAAAGGUAUUUAGUAUCAUGCGUUCCUCUUCAGACAUAAUCAUAACCUACAUAGUAUUCCACUGUAAAUAAUAAUAGCUGGUAGUAUUUUUAAUGGAAUAAAUUUUAUAAGAUAAAAUAAUUGUAUAGAUGAUAUUUGACAUCUAGAAAGCAGGAGUAAAGACUAUUUUCCUAUUGUCUCUCUUAAUUGAAAAUAGAAAAAGUUCAAUAUACACUGGGAGGUGGCUGGGUGAACAGUCCCCUGGACGUUUGUUAUUUCCUUGUGAAGGCAUAGGCUGGAAUAUGUGAGUGCUGCCCAGGGAUUGUGUCCUAUGGCAUGGUGUCAUUACCUCCCUGGUGGACAUUCUAAUUAGGGAACAUGAUCCUCCUUUGGUAGAAGGAUGCUAUGCUUGUCAUAUGUUUAAAGCAAGAAUAAAAGAUUUCCUUUAGAACCAGCUUUGUGCCAAGCUCAGGGUUCUAAUUAUCCAGCACUUUGGGGGAAUUUCUUCAAGAGGUGGAAUUUGAACAGGCAUCACUUGCCUCAUCAUUUUUAGAUGUUUAUCUUACAUUUUUGAAGUUUUAUUCUGUAUAUUUGAAAUGAUUUCAGUAUAAUUGGAUUCAGUUGAGAGAUUGAUGUCUGUGAGUUUGAUGUUUGAGGCCAUGGUAGGACAAUGUAAUAUUUUACUAUUGCUUUUUUUCUGUAAAACUGACUUGAAAGCUUCUAAAAUCAUAUUUCCUGCAUAAUUAUAACAGUUAAUCUGGGCUACCCAUGAAGUAGAGAGCUAAGGGAAGAGUGAGCCUACUGUGAAGGAUUAGAAUAAUGGGGAGCUUGGAGUAUGCCUUUUCUGCCUCAUGUCUUCUUAAAAUAGUCUUUCUCAAAAGCCAUUAUCUCCAACUCUCUCUGCUGCUUCUUCCAGCAGAAGACUCUUCCCUAUUUAAAAAAGUAAUAUUCCUAAUAAAACCUUCAUAUUCCUUUGUAUUUCCUCUAAUGUAUCUGGUAAACAGGCGUAAGCUUAGACAAUGUCAGAAGCUUUUUAACAUCUUUUCUAUGUUUGAAGAUUUCCCUCAAUUUUAUUGUGUCCCUACUCUCAAUGCAGAAUCCAGAAAUUUGUCCUCCCAGCCUAUUUUGGAGCAGGGAGAGAGGCAUGUGACCUGGAUAUUCCCAACCAGAAACAUCCUUAGAAAACUUUGAUUCACAAGAGAGAAUGUGAGGAAGCAAUCACCCUCAUGGGAGCUUGAUCAGGCAAGCCUGAUGGCUGAAGAGUAUGGCUUUGGGGGACAGAGAUGUUAGAAAUUUUGGCAUCCAGGAUGCAGUGCAGCUUCAGUACAUGUCUCCAUUGGCAGAAACAGUGUGGUCUGCGUGAACAGUCCCUGAAUCUCACUCUUGGUUGCACAUCUUCCAACCCUGACUCCCAGCUCAGGUAUGUUUUGAGCAAAGCAGAUUUUUUUCUAUAAAUAAAAAAAAAUGCUGUAGUUUUUAAUUCUAAAUCCUGAGAAACACACUAUGUCCCCCUAUCCACUAUGCUAUCCCCCUUUUCCUCUCCAGUAUAAGGCUCUGCCUUAUUCUUGCUUAUAACUUUCUUCAUCUUUAUCCAGCAUAGUCUUGCAUAAUUUCCCAGGGCUUACAUAUGUGUCAACACUACAGUUUUUUUUUAGUCAAAUUAAAUUAUCUUAAGCAGCCUGAAGCCACUCUGUAAGGAUUGUUUACUUAUUUUUUGUGAACAAAAAGGUUUUCUCUUGUACUCUUUACAAAUAAUACUUUUUGAAAACUAUGUUUUUUAAAUUAGUGAGCAAAAUCAGUAUCUCUGUAUAAUGUGAGCACAGAUUUUCCUGGACAGGACUGGUAGAGGGAAAGUGGAACAGAAAGAUUAAGGUAAAAGGGGAAAGCCAUAUGAUUUCAUAGCCCCAAGUGAAAAUGAAAGUUACAAUUUAGAUUGAAUGCUUCAGUUUAACAGUCACAUUUUGUUUGUCCUUAUCUAAGUCCCUGUGGCAUAAUGGAAACGCACACAAAAAUGUGAGAUGAUUGUAUUCAAUUCCUUCUUUCCUUAGCUCUGUGAUUUUGGAUAAAUUAUGGCUUUUGAAACUUUGCUUUGUUCAUUUUCAAAAUGCAAUUAUAACACACUGUCCCCCUGAAAAGCUUGUUAUGGGGGUAAGAGGGUGAAGGUAGCAUUAUGACAGUGCUUUAUAACUUGUAGGAAGGAUUAUAAGCAUUGUUAUUUCCAAUGCUCACUUUUUUUUUUCCUGUAGAAUACUAUUCAUCUAUUGAAAAACUUCUAAGUGCUUCAGAGAAUUUAGGAUUAAAGCAGGGAAUAUACCACGCUAAAUAUCUGCUUACUUAAUAUAAACUUUCAGGCUGAGGCAGGCGGAUCACGAGGUCAGGAGAUGGAGACGAUCCUAGCUAACAUGGUGAAACCCCGUCUCUACUAAAAAUACAAAACAUUAGCCGGGCGUGGUGGUGGGUGCCUGUAGUCCCAGCUACUCGGGAGGCUGAGGCAGGAGAAUGGCGUGAACCUGAUAGGCGGAGCUUGCAGUGAGCCGAGAUCACGCCACUGCACUCCAGCCUGGGUGACAGAGUGAGACUCCAUCUCAAAAUAAAUAAAUAAAUAAAUAACUUUCAAUUUUCAUGAAUAUUAUAUUGGAUAGAAUAAAAAAUACACUAUAUAAUUGGGAGAGCAUUAUAGCUGAGAAAAUAUACCAACAUCUCAUAAUUAAUAAUAACUCAAAUCUAACCUAAAUAGCCACCAAAGAGAACACUAGUUUUUUUCUCUUAGAACUGGGGACCAAGGAUGAAAUUUUAGGUAUAACUAGAUUCAGGGGCUUAACCACGGUCUUUGACAGCCUUUCUCCUGGACUUUGAUUUCCGUUGAUUUUCAUUUGGUCUUUUUGGGUGUGGGAGCAGAGUUGACUACUGGAAGCUCUAGACUUGUACUCAUUCAGUUUAGUAAACCCCACAGAAAGUGAGGCUUUUCCUGAUAGUGCCAGCAAAGUUCCAUGCAUUUUCAUUGUCCCAGCCUGAGUUGUGUGCCUAUCUCUGAUCCAAACACUUUGAUUAGGGGGGUAGAAUAUUCUCUUUGGUCACAUCUGAAUCACAUGCCCAAUACAAUAGCUGGUGGAGUCAGCAAGUAAUUUUUGAAACUUGGUGAGGGAGAAUGGGUGGGAGGGGAGAUUCACAAAGAGAGACUAGGCAUAAAAAAUUAUGCCCAUUUAAUACAUUUUGGGAAGGAUCUAUGGCCAAUAUAUUAAGGAACAUAUGUAGAAAGUGCUUUAACUUGCCUGAAUGAAGUCUUGUUCUCUAUAGUUAUCUCUGAUUUAGUAAUCAGUAACUUCGACACCAUCCCCAUGAUCUCUGGAGCAAUAGGCUAUUUUUGCAGAGUGACUGACAAUAUAAAUCAGAUUAUAGUGCUCGUGGUACCAUCACGGUGGACAGAUGCACAGAGAGUAUUUCUAAAGAAAUACUCAUAGAAGAGAGAAAAACAUUAAAGUGGUUGCAAGAAGAAAACAUUGCAGAAUGUGAACAUUUGUGGUCUACUUUUGUGAAUUUUUAAUAAAGGGUUUCUGGCAUGUAGAACUGCCCUGUCUUCAUUAGAAUAAUGUGGAGGCUGCUACCAAGUAGGACACAUAUUCCAGGUGAACCAGGGUACCACUGGGAAGAAAGGACUCUGAGUAUAUUAGUUUUAAGCAUGAUGCUCCCUUCCCAUAAUACACAGUAAAAGCCAAAUACAGGAUUUCCUAACGUGAAAAGCAGAUAUGCAGAAGUGGGAAGAGACCUGAUUUUGAAUUGGAACAUGUGAAUCUUUAUCCCAGUUCUGCCAAGAACUUGCCAUGUAUCCUGAGGUAAAUCCUCUUUCCUAGCUUGACCUUUGUUUCUCAAUUCAAAGAUUCAUUUCAAAGAUUUGAACUUGGCCAGGCGUGGUGGCUCAUGCCUGUAAUCCCAGGACUUUGGGAGGCUGAGAUGGGUGGACCACCUGAGGUCAGGAGUUUGAGACCAGCCUGAUCAACAUGGUUAAACCCCAUCUCUACUAAAAAUACAAAAAAUUAUCCAGGUGUGGUGGCAGGUGCCUGUAAUCCCAGCUACUUGGGAGGCCGAGGCAGGAGAAUCGCUUGAAUCUGGGAGGCGAAGUUUGCAGUGAGCUGAGAUCGUGCUACUGCGCUCUAGCCUGGGCAACAGAGUGAGACUUGGUCGCCCACCAAAAAAGGUUUGAACUUGAUGAUACCAAGAGCUGCUUCCUGCCCAAUGACUUUAUCUUAGUAAAAAUUCUAUGUUUUGAUUCUUUUUGAAAUAUGAAUUAUUUAAUGCAAGUAAUACAUUUGUGUGGUUCAAAAUGUAUAACUAUCAAACGAGCACUGUGAACACCUCCCUUCCAUUCCCAUCUGUGUCUACCAUGUUCUGUACUAAUUUCUACUUUUACUGAUUUUUAAAAUAUCUUUCCAGAGUUUCCUUAUGAAAAUUCAAACAAAUAUAAUUUAUAUCCCACCUCCCAUUUCUCUCACAGGACUUACAUGUGCCUUGUUUUGUUUUGUUUUUUUCUUGAGAUGGAGUUUUGCUCUUGUUGCCCAGGCUGGAGUGCAAUGGUGCGAUCUUGGCUCACCGCAACCUCCAUCUCCCAGGUUCAAGCGAUACUCCUGCCUCAGCCUCCCAAUUAGCUGGGAUUACAGGCAUGCACCACCACGCCCAGCUAAUUUUGUAUUUUUAGUAGAGAUGGGGUUUCUCCACAUUGGUCAGGCUGGUCUCGAACUCCCAACCUCAGGUGAUCUGCCUGUCUCGGCCUCCCAAACUGCUGGGAUUAUAGGUGUAAGCCACCGCACCCAGCCAGCAUGUGCCUUUUUUUAAACUGAAUAUAUCAUGGACCUUUUUAUGUAUCACUAUGUAAGCCACUCCUCAUCCUGUAUUUAGCCUCUUGCUAAAUACAACAGAUACAACAGGUCCUCAAAUAACAUUUUUUUUCAACAUCAUUUUGUAUAACAUUGAUGAGGAAAAAAAAAAUUCCAAACAGGGGCCACUGUCUAUAUGGAGUUUGCAUGUUAGCAUGUUCUACCCAUGUCUGCAUGGAUUUUCUCUGUACUCUACUUUCCUCCCACAUCCCAAAGAUGUUAGGUUAAUUGGUGUGUCUAAAUGCUCGCAGUCUGCGUGAGUGUACCCUGUGAUAGGAUGGCGUCCUGUUCAAGAUUGGUUUCCACCUGGCACCCUGAGCUGUUGCAUAACCUCAGGCCACUCACAACCCUGAAUUGGAAUAAGUGGAUAAAAAAUCAUCUUACUCAUUUUUAUUAAUCUGUUUAAAAUGCAUGUAGGGCUCACAUUUAUUUCUAUGUUUAAUAUUAGAAGUGUUUUGGUUUUUAUUUAGAACUUCGGUGAUGUUUUUGUGACCAGCAUGCCAUAGGAAUUUAACUCUUGCUUGUAUGAGUUAGCCUAUGAUAAAAUUGUUUUUGUUAUACAUCAUUUCAUUCAAAGUUGCAGUUUCCAAGAAUCUAUUGAGGACAUUAAGUGAGUAUUUUGUUCUUACAAAUAAUGCUAUGCAAGCAGACACACCUGUAAGACAAAUACUAGAGGUGGAAAAGCCAGGUCAAAGAGCAAAUGCUCUUGUCGUUUAUAUUUUUCAGGACUGCCUUCUCUAGGGUUCAUAUAAAUUUAUACUCAAUCUGAAACAUGCACUCCAAAAAAUACAAGCAAAUUGAAUACAGUGACCUAUAAAAAGAAUUGUACACAGUGACCAAGUGGGAUUUAUCCCAGGAUGGCAAGGUUGGUUUGAACAUAUGAAAAUCAAUUAAUAUAAUUCAUCAUAUCAGUAGAAUAAAAACAAAAAUUACAUGAUUAUCUCAAUAAACACAGAAAAAGCACUGGACAAAACCCAACUUCCUUUCAUGAUAAAAAUACUCCCAACUGGAAAAUAGAAGGGAGCUUCCUCAAUCUGAUAAAAGUUAUCUAUGAAAACUCAUAGCCAAAAUUAUAUUUAAUGGAAAAAUGAUUUUUGUCCUAAAAUCAGGACCAUCUCAAUGCUAUCUGCUCUUAGCAUGACCAUACAACAUUACAUUGGUGGUGCUAGCCCUAGCAACUAGACAAGAUAAGAAAGGCAACUGGAUUGGAAUGGAAGUGAAAGUGUCUGUAUUAGCAGAUAACAUAAUCUUGUAUAUAGGAAAUCCUAAAAAAUUCACUCGAAACCUGUUAGAACUAUUAAAUGAGUUCAUCCAGGUUUCAGGAUACAAGAUCCUACAUAAAAAUCAGUUUUUCUUCUACACACUUGUAAUGAACAAUCCAAAACUGAAAUUAAAACAAUUCCUUUUAGAAUCAUAUCAAAAAGAAUAAAAUACCUAGAAAUAAAUUUUAACAAAGAAGUAAAACUUAUGCUCUGAAAAUUACAAGACAUUAUUGAGAGAAAUUAAAGAGCUAAAUAAGUGGAAAGCAUCUCGUGUUUAUAGAUUGGAAGGCUUCAUUUACAUUGUUAAGAUGGCACUACUCCCCAAACUGAUCUACAGAUUCAAUACAAUCCCUGUCAGAACCUCAGCUUACUUUAUGUAGAAAUGGGCAAACUAGUUAGAAAAUUCAAGUAGUAUCGCAUAGACCCAGUACAGCCAAGAUGAUCUUGAAAAAUAAGAGCAAACAAAGACAAUUCACCUUUCCUUAUUUCAUGACUUUGUAAUUUAUUUAAUAUUUCCUCAUUUCAUGACUUAGCAUCUUAAUGGUAAUUAAGAUAAUGUGGUACUGGCAUAAGGAUAGGCACAUUGCUCAAUAAAACAGAACUGAGAGUCCAAAAAUAAGCCCGUACAUCUGUGGUCAACUCACUUUCAACAAGGGUUUCAAGACCGUACAAUGGGGAAAGAAUAGACUUUUCAACAAAUGAUGCUUAGGCAAGUAGAUUUCUACAUGCAGAAGAAUAAAGUUGGACCUCUAUUUCAUGCCACAUACAAAAAUUAACUCAAAAUAUAUCAAAUACCCAAAUGUAAGAGUUAAAGCUGUAAUAUUCUUAUAGUAAAUGAUAGGGGUACAUCUUUAUGACCUGAGACUUGGCAAAAGAUUCUUAGACAUGACAUCAAAAGCAUAAACAAUAAGAAAAAAAUAGAUAAAUUUGAUUUCAUCAAAAUGAAAAACACUUGUACCUUAAAGGACACCAUCAUUAAACUGAUAAGACAACUCACAGAAUGGGAGCAAAAAUUUGCGUAUCGCAUAUCUAAUGAAGGACCUGUCCCUAGACUAUAUAAAGAACUCUUACAACUCAGCAAUAAAAAGACAAUAACGCAAUUUUAUAAUGAGCAAAAAUCUGAAUUGAUAUUUCUUCUAAAAAGAUAUAAAAAUAUAUACUUAUUAGUAUAUGAAAAAAUGUGAGAACCAGAGCAUAGGGCCAGGCAUUGGGAGAGCUCCCGCAUAGGACAAGAUGGCAUCUUCUGCAGAGCUGGACUUCAACCUGCAGGCUCUUCUGGAGCAGCUCAGCCAGGAUGAGUUGAGCAAGUUCAAGUCUCUGAUCAGAACAAUCUCCCUGGGAAAGGAGCUACAGACCGUCCCCCAGACAGAGGUAGACAAGGCUAAUGGGAAGCAACUGGUAGAAAUCUUCACCAGCCACUCCUGCAGCUACUCGGCAGGGAUGGCAGCCAUCCAGGUCUUUGAAAAGAUGAAUCAAACGCAUCUGUCUGGGAGAGCUGAUGAACACUGUGUGAUGCCCCCACCUUAACCCCUCAGGGAUAGUGAGUUGAUGGCUGAGCUAGAUGUUGCUUUAGCCUUGGUUCUGCCUCCAUUUUACAUGCACAUGUUGCUUAACCUUGUUAUAUAUGAAAUAUCUAUAUCACCAGUAUUUUGAGAUAAAUAAAGGUGAAAUAAUUCACAAACAUUAAAAGAAAAGAUGCCUGACAACUUUAGUAUUCAGGGAAAUGCAAAUCAAAACUAUGAUGAGAUACCACUUCAUAUCCACUAGGCUGGCUAGAAUAGAAAGAUACUAACAAGUAUUGGCACAGAUGUGGAGAAACUAGAAUCCUCAUAUACUGCUUAUGGAAAUGUGAAAUUGUGCAGCCACUUUGGAAAACAGGAUGGCAAUUUCUCAAAUGAUAAACAGAGUUCUCAUAUGAUCUACUAUUAUAUUUAUAAGUACAUGAUCAAGAGAAAUAAAAACAUAUAAACACAAAUGUUUAUAGUGUCAUUGUAUACAAUAGCCAAAAGGUGGAAACAACCUAGUGUCUGUGAAUGGACAAAUGAAUAAACAAAUUGUGGCAUAUGCAGCUAAUGAAAUAUUAUUCGACAAAAAUGAAGUAUUGAUCACAUGCUUAAACAUGAUUGAACAUUGAAAACACUAUGCUAAAUGAAAGAAGCCUGUCAUAAAAGACAAAAUAUUAUAUGGUCACAUCACAUAUGAUAUGAUUCCAUUCAUAGGAAAGUUCAGAAUGGCCAAAUUUAUAGAGUCAGAAGUAGAUAACAGGUUGCUUAGGACUGGGAAGGAGAGUUGGUGAGUAGAGGGGAAUAGGGAGUAAUAGCUAAAACAUUUAAAAUUGCUUUUCGAGGUGAUGAGAAUAUUCUGAAAUCAACUAUGGUGAUGAUGGUACAUAUCUGUGAAUAAGCUAAAAACAUUUAAUUGUAUUCUUUAAAUGUCUGAGUUGUGUGAUAUGUGAAUUAUAUCUCAAUAAAUGUUAAAAAUGCAAAAAAUGAGACAAUGAAUGUUUAUCAUCUUUUCAUAUGUUUAAAGACCGUUAAUAUUUCCAUUCAAUGAACUAUUUAUUCAUACUCUUGACAAUUUUCCUUUUUUAUUCCAUUUUUGUUUUGUUUUGUCUUUUUCUCAUUGAUUCUAGGAACUCCUUUUAUGUCUGAGAGAUUAGUACUAUCUGGAUAUGAGUUGCAAUUUCUUUUCUUUUUGACUUUGCUUAUGAUUUUCCCCACAGCAGAAGACUACAAUUUUAUGUAUGUGCAUUAAUCUAUCACUACUUUUAUGGCUUCCAGAUGAGACUCAUAGAAAGAUCUUUCCUAGUCCAAGGGAAUAAAAUAAUUCUCCUAUCUUUACUCCUGAUUCAUUCAUGGUUACAUUUUAAUAUUUGCCUUUAAAUCUGUAAUCUAUUUAGCCACUUUUUCCCAGCAAAGGUAUGAAGUAUGUAUCCAGCAUUCUUCUUUUCAGGCAGCCAGCCAAGGAUACCAGAACCUUUAUUGCAAUCUCAUCUUUUCCCUACAGAUUUGAAAUGUACAUAGUAAACUUCCUAAUAUAUCUGGCUUUCUCCCCUCCCUCCCUCUUUCUUUCCUUCUUUCUUUCUUUCUUUCUUUCUUUCUUUCUUUCUUUCUUUCUUUCUUUCUUUCUUUCUUUCUUCCUUUCUUUCUUUCUUUCUUUCCUU